AAAAUCCCGAUUGGCGUCUCGUCCUCUUCCCCACGCGACAGAUCCCAGCCCUCGCCGCCGCCGCCGCCGGGUAGGUUGUCGCGCGCUGACGGCCACGCGCGGCGGUGGGUGAGAGCGAGGAGAUACGGGGGGUCCCCGCGUUUGGCCGCCGUCGCAACUCCGGCUGUCUGCAAUUACCCCGGACGGCGGGGAGCCGCCGGCGCGGCAGAAGAGAGAGCCACAGAGGCCCUGCGGCUGCGACCAGGUGUUUUAAAACUUUCAGCUCACAAGUAACCAGUCUUACCGUUUUGCUGCAUGUGGAAGGAAGCUCCAGGUUACUGACGCAAAUUAGAGGAUCUGACUCCUGAUUGGACAGACAUCUCUCCUAUUUGUCUCAUGCCAUCUACUUAAAUUGGACUAGACAAUCAGCAAAGUGAAAUGGCAGAACCAUGGCCAUCGUAUUCAUCGUCAUCUCGUGGGAAAAAGAAGCGACCACGCUCUCCUGAUGGUGAUGCCACAAGUUCACAAGGCAGAACCGAGAACAGCACAAGCCUUGAGGACAACCUUAUAUUCAGUGAUACUUUGAUAGCUCUACAGUUGAUGCGCACACAGUUCCCAAAGCUAGAGAAGGUUGUAACACAGCCUUUCAUUUUACAGUCUCAAUUAUAUAGCAGCGUGAAGGACAGGACACAAGUUGAUAGAGAUUUGGAGUCACUGAAGAAAGACAGAGUACUCCGUGUAUUCAAACUCAAUACUGGGCAGGAUGACCAUGCAAUCAUGUUCAUGGAUGAUUAUCUUAAACAGAUGGAAUCUGCUGUCAGGAGGUCAACGGGUAAAAACAAAGAUGGUAGUGAAGUGUUUGAUUGGUUUGAGAAAUAUGUUCUGCGUUCGAAAUUGGAUGUAAGCAUUGAUCACCUAGAGCUGUGCUCACUGUUAUCACAUGGUGGUGAUGCAAGAGAUAAACAUAUCACCUUAUUGAUGAAUGCUGGUCUCCUGACACGCCAACUAAUAGAUCCAAACAUGUACUGGUUUUCUAUUCCAAGUAUUGGUCCUAUCUUGAAAGGCCUAUCCCAGGGGAGGAAGGAAGUUCUUUCAUUACUGGGCCGUCGGAAGUACAAGGAGAUGCUACUAUCUUCACUGGAGAAGACGAGGUUGAGGUUAUCACCUCUUGACGUGCGGUUCCACCUCCGCGAUCUGAUUGGGUCUGGUCACGUAAAGACGGUUCAAACACCCACCGGCUUACUUGCUCGCGUGUCAACUGAUUGAUCAGACACACCUUUGGAUCAGCUUUUUUUAGCAGUUUCCAGCUUCUUCAGAUAAGAACACCAUUUUCCUACCGAGUCAGCAAAAAGUAGUCAGAGUUUAUUUGAUUGGUUCUUCCUGCAUUCGUACUGCAAAAAAAAAAUAAUAAAAAAAAAUUCUGAGAUGUAUUCUGGUCUUGACCUGAUUAAUGUUGUAUAGUAAUGGCGAUGAAAUACUGGAGUUUUUUACCUACCAAAUGGAUUGUUUCCUGUGAAAUGCAUGGAAACAUACUGUUGAAUGAAAUUGCUCCAAAUGGGUCUUAAGUUGGCAGAGUAGCUGUGACCUUCUUUAAGAGAAGAUAUAGCUUUAUUCAGAAUUGUAAGAAUGUGUCUUUUUGCAGCCCAGGCUCAUGUGAGUACCUGCCACCCCUUGGACGCUGGUUGCAAGAGAAGAAGACACAGAACAGAAGAGAAAGAACAAGAAAACGGCCAUUUUAUUUGGAACAGAAAGAACAAGAACCCAUUUGCUAUUGAUACUGCCCCAUUUUGAGCCUCACUUUCUCCAAUGUUUUCUUCUAGGUUUCUUUGCUAUGAUAUGGUGAUCUUGAAAGGGAGCCGAAAACUUUUAGCUUAAAUCAGUCGAUUACUGUUUCAUUCAUGUUUCAUGAUGCAAACAAUGGACAUGGACAACUCUCUGUUUCUACUCCCCCCAGUCAUGUUGUGAUGGUAAGUAUGCAUAGCAGAACAUGUAUGUAUA